AUGGGGCCCCCGGGCAAAAGGGGAUCAUGGGGCCCCUGUGUCCAUGCCCAAACUAAAAAAAGCCUAUGAAAAAGGUACCAGGGGCAUCUCAUGGGGCCCCCUACUGAGCCCUGGCCCUCGAGCAGUGCCCAAGUUUCCAAAUGGUGAAGGCAGGGGUGGACUGACAACUCAUGGGGCCCCCGGGCAAUAGGGGAUCAUGGGGCCCCUGUGUCCUUGCCCAAACUCAAAAAAGCCUAUGAAAAAGGUACCAGGGGCAUCUCAUGGGGCCCCCUACUGACCCCAGGCCCUCGGGCAGUGCCCAAGUGUCCAAAUGGUCAGUCCGCCCCUG